AUGCAAAUCAGAGAAGAACAACCAUCUGACUAUGAAGAAAUCUAUCAAUUAGUUCAAACUGCCUUUAAAACUGCUGAACAUUCAUGUGGUACAGAACAAAAUAUUGUUGUUAAAAUUAGAGAAUCAGAUAAUUAUAUUAAAAGUUUAUCACUUGUUGGUAUUCUUCAAGGAAAAAUUAUUGGUCAUGUUAUGAUUUCCAAAAUUUCUAUUAUUAAUAACCAGAAUACAUAUAAUAGCUAUGCAAUUGCUCCACUUUCUAUUGCACCCGAUCAACAAAGAAAAGGAUAUGGAAGUCAGUUGAUGAAAGAAGUUAUUUCAAGAGCACAAAAAUUAGGAAUUACUCAUUUAACAUUAUUUGGAGAUGACCAUUUUUAUCAUACAUUUGGAUUUGAAACAUCAACAAAGUAUGGAAUUAAAACAGAUAUUCCAUGUGAUGAGAAUAAUUGUAUGGUUAUUCAGUUGCAAGAACAAGGAUUAACUGGAAUAAAUGGAAUCAUUAAAUAUCCAGAUUACUUUUUUAAGUGA